UCUUCCUUCUUCUUCUUCUUCUUCUUCUUCUUCUUCAGCUUUCUCCAUUUGUACCUUUCCUCUUUGCCUUCAUAUUCACUUCUCUCCUCCCCAGACGCCACCGCCUCCGCCGCCGACGGUGGCGAGCUUCACCUCUUCCGCCGGCAGACACCUUCUCUUAUCUCUCACUCAUCUCCUUAUAUUAUUAUUGUAAUUUAAUUUUUUUAAAAGCUCAAAUAAAUUGUGAUUAUUUAAAUCCAGAACCUCCACAGCCCAACCCGGCAAACCACCACCACUGACCGUCACGUCUUUACUUCUUCAAUCUUCCUCUUGCCUGCUUCAUUGGGUUUACCCUUUUACCCUUUCCUCUCUCUUUCUCACUCUCCAAUUUCUUCUCUCUCCCUGCGCUUUUCCCUUUUCCUUGCAUUCUUCCUUCCCCUCCUUUUGCUUUCUCUGCUCCAAUGGAGACUACUGCGGCUGCUGCUGCUGCUGCUGCUUCUGACACUAAUGACUUCCGCCUUCCGGCUCCACCUGCUUCUGCUUGCGAUUCGGCCGAUCAGAAGAGGGAGAAUGGCGCUGAUUCUGGCGGCGGCGGCGGUUGUGUAGGAGGAGCUAGGUAUAAGCUGAUGUCGCCGGCGAAGCUCCCGAUCUCCAGGUCUCCUUACAUCACCAUCCCUCCUGGGCUCAGUCCGACUUCCUUUCUCGAGUCACCGGUCAUGCUCUCCAAUAUUAAGGCAGAGCCGUCCCCGACUACAGGAUCUUUCAUCAAGCCUCAAACAGUGCAUGGCUCUUUCUUAUCUAAUUCCUACUCAGCAACUGCCGUUUCAUCUGACACCUUUGGGGAAAGAGCAUCCAGCUUCUUUGAGUUCCGGCCUCCUUCUAUAUCAAAUAUGGUACUCCCUAAUUAUAUGUCUACUAGACUUCCACAUGCACUCUUUCUUGAACUGCUUGGUGACUGUAAGGAGUCAGAAUUUGAGUCAACUCAAACUUCUGCAGAUAUGAAGAAUAAGAUGAGGGAACAAUCUGUACAACUCCAAGGCAAUUCUCAGUCUCAAUUCCAAUCAUUUUCAUCAUUGUCUUCACCUAAAGCGGAAAUGGUAGCCUCCUCAAAUGAGUUGAGUCUCCAUAUAGCUACUUCUGGGGCUACUGCAACUACUGAAGCUGAUGAUGAUGAACAAAACCAGACAGGAAACCCGAGCUGUGGGCCCCAGGCCUCACAUUCUGAUCUUAAAGGAGGAACUGCAAGUUCAAUGACAUCAGAGGAUGGAUAUAACUGGCGUAAAUAUGGACAGAAGCUUGUGAAAGGAAGUGAAUUUCCCCGUAGUUAUUACAAGUGCACACAUCCCAACUGUGAAGUGAAGAAGUUAUUUGAGCGCUCUCAUGAUGGGCAAAUAACAGAGAUUAUUUAUAAAGGCACACAUGACCAUCCUAAACCUCAACCUAGUCGCCGAUAUGCUGCUGGAGCUCUUUUGACUGUGCAAGAAGAUAGAUCCGAUAAAAUAUUGUCUGGGAGGGAUGAAAAAUUGUCUGGUGCAUACAGCCAACUGUCCAACACCAUGGAACCAAAUGGUACUUCUGAAAUGUCCCCUGUGACAGCAACAGAGGAAAAUGCAGAAGGUACUGAAGAUGAUGACGAUCCCCUUUCAAAGCGCAGGAAAAUGGAUACUGGGAGUUUUGAUGUCACUCCAGUGGUUAAGCCUAUCCGUGAACCACGUGUUGUUGUUCAAACUCUUAGUGAGGUCGAUAUACUUGAUGAUGGGUACAGGUGGCGCAAAUAUGGGCAGAAAGUUGUGAGAGGAAAUCCUAAUCCGAGGAGUUAUUACAAGUGCACAAAUGUGGGAUGCCCGGUGAGAAAGCAUGUAGAGAGGGCAUCGCAUGAUCCAAAAGCAGUCAUCACUACUUAUGAAGGGAAACACAACCAUGAUGUACCCGCAGCUAAGAAUAGCAGUAGUCAUGAUGCAGCAGCAGCUGCGGCUGCUAUGAGCAGUAGCAGUCCAUUGAGGAUAAUAAGAUCAGACGAAAGCGACACUAUCAGCCUUGAUCUCGGAGUAGGAAUGGGUUCUUCUGCUGCCGCCGAGAACAGGUCGACUGUCCACCACCACCAACAGCAUUUCCACUCUGAACAUGGGCAACAGACCGGCGGGCCCAGUUUCAGCAAAGCUGCAAAUUAUUAUGGUGCCAUGACCCAAUAUGCUUCAACUAGGCAACCUCCAAGCGAGGCUCGUAGCUCAUCUUACCCCUACCCACCAAAUAUGGAAAGAAUACUCACCGGUCCUUAGAAUCUUCUGUUCCCGGUGAAGCCAGCACAAUAAGAAAAUUUCCCCUCCGGCUGGUGAAAUCGAAGCAGCUGGUCGUGAAUCCAGAAUCGAAAGGAUUUCCCUAGUCGGUGUAAACCAUGCUGGUAUGGUAAGCAUUGCUAUUACAGAGCUGAUCAUCAUUAGAGCUUGUGCUUUUCAUCAACUGUUCUUUCUGUCAGCUUUCCUGGGUAGUGGCUCACAUAGCUUCUGGACUGAAAAGUAACGGAAGUACUACUGGUACAGGGUUGCUCGGUUUUUGAUUCGAGUCGGGGAAUCUGCUGGUGGCUUGGAAGGGACUGGCUCAAAACACAGCACAUCCUUGGACGUGAGAUGGUCUGCGAUUGGGUUGACAAAGUUGUAAUGUAAUGAAGCAGCGCUGUAUGUAUAUGGCCUUUUUAUUGUUGUGAUGUAUACAUAUACUAUACUCAAAUAGUUUUACUCAAAUGGGAAAGGACCAUCUCGAUUCUCAUUAGGGACUCUUAUUUUGUUACCCACAACUGGGAGAAAGAUAGUAGUGCUCCAUCUCUUCAACUCUAAGCUACGUCUAAAGCUAAUUACGAUUUCCAGCUGCUACCUAACUUUUUUUUUUUUGGUGUGUGAUGUCGUUGAAUCCCACUUUCUUUGUUGGGUUGGGUGGUGGCAAUUGGGAAAUGUUGGUGUUCAGUUCCUCCUGUUUCUCUAUCUCCUUUUUGCCUCCGAACAGAUAUAUUAUUUAGUGUUUUCUGGAUGAACAAUUCUAAUGGCACGACCACUCAACCAU